UCCCAAAACAACACGCACGGACGCAGUAACAACUCCGCCACGGAUACAGCAAAGCGCACGUCUCCCCUCCCUCCCCUCUCCUCGCCGUUCGGGUUGGGGGCGUUGCGAAGCGAGACAAGCCACCGGCCCCGCCCCGUCGCCGCACGCCUAGGGUUUCGAUGGAGCCCGCCUCUUCGUUCACGUCACCUUCCACGGGGGAGGCGGGGGCGAGGCGGAGGUUGCCGGAGGAGCUGAAGCUGCGGCGGAAGACGCUGGAGACGGUGCUGGAGCAGUGCCAGCGCGCGCUCGAUAUCAUGUGCGAGGGCGAUGGUCUGGAGGAGCCCGCCGAGGCGGCGGAUCAGAAGGAGGGGGACGGCGAGGCGAACGGCGACGGGUGCGGUGACGACGUGGCGCAGCCGCCGGCCCCGUCGGACGCCGACUACGAGACAGACGAGCUGUGUGAUCUUCUCCAAUCAAGGGUUCAAUCACCUGAAUUUCUCGAUAAGCUAGGCAGCAUUCAGAAGUCAGUAUAUCAACAUGGUGCAGUAGAUAAAACUGUAUCAUGGGAUAUUAUAAGCGCAACAGAUAUAUGGGAUGAUAAGAGUAUGAAUGUUAGUGACGAUUCAGAGGAUGGAUAUGUUCUCGUUAAGCAAGAGGACAUUGUUGAUGGGAUUGCAUGCUUUAUGGCUGCAUACUUGAUGUCACUGAAACAAACUAAGGACUUAACGCCCAAUCAACUUCAACAAGCUCUUAGCAAGACAUUUUCAGCUAAAAAGAGGAAAAGCAAACUUCAAAAGGCAUGGGAUGGAACAAAAGUGGUUUACAAUAUAGCAUCAUGGAGCACGACAGCUAUUGGUAUCUACCAGAAUCCAGCGAUUGUACAAGCAGCAAGUGCAGCCUUUUGGACAUCCUGUCGUGUAAUAUCCAAGUUUCUGUGAUGCAAACCUGCACUCAUUGUGUGGCUGCGGGCAACGCCAAAGGCUUCCCUGUGUUUCCAAAGAUCAAAGGGAAGCAUUGUUGCCAAACUUUGCGGUACACUUACAUUAUGAUGCAAAUAUUCCCCCAGGCGCAAGUUCGUUGAUA